UAGAAAGGAGAGGAGGAGAAAAGACUCAAGGGCUUGUUAUGGAGUUCGUGUGAAAGAAACACGGAUUUCCACCCGUCUUUACCAGUUAAACCAGUAUCUCUGGAUAGAGCACACUCAAGUACUUCAACAGGUAGAGUCUCUGACCGCAAAACUCUUUCGUGGCUCCUCUGAAAAUAAUCUCCCCCUUUUUUCUCUCUCCGUUUACCUCAAUUGAGUUUUCAGCCCUUUUGUUCGCUCUUCUUAUCACUUGGAAAAAGGUGAACCCUCGUGUUAUUUUUAUUUUAAUCUUUGCUUUAAUUGUAGUUUUUACCCUUGUGGUCCCUGAUGGCUUCGCACAGUGAUACUCUGGUGGUGUUCUUUGGGGCAACAGCUGGUGCAAAUGGGGGUAAACUGGGUUCGGAUGAGAGGGAAAUAAUUCUCUUGGUGUGGCAAAUUGUGGAUCUACAUGAGAAAAAGGUCGGGAAGCUUCAUAGAUGUCUUGUCAAGCCAGACACUUUGGAGCUGACAGACCAGUGUAAAGAGGAGACAGGUGUGACUUUGGACGACAUCAUCAAAGCUGAGCCCCUGGACAAAGUUCUGCAACAGUUCCAGCAGUCAGUGUCAUCAGAAGUGAAAUGCCUUGGCAGAAGCUCCUUCACGCUAUGUGUCGACAGUCCCCUUGUCAUCCGACAGGCCCUCCACCCUGAAGCUUCCAAAAAGAACCUUGUCCUUCCUGAAUGCUUCUUUUCGUUUGUGGAUGUGAGGAAGGAGUUUCACAAAUGCUGCCCCAAUGCGAGCGCUGUGCAGAAGCUCACUCUCGCCUCCAUGUUGGAAUAUGUUGGUCUCCCUGCUGUGUCAGAGCAGUCGAUGGGGGUGAGGGAGGUGAGCAGCAUGGUGCAGCUGAUACUCUGUGUCCUGGCUGAGCCUUACAAUCACAAGUUCUCCUCUGUUGAAACAGUGAAGUACAAGUUCGAUUCCGGCACAUGCAGUAAGACAGAGCCGGUGGACAAUGAGACAGUGAUCAGAGCGCGGGGGCUUCCAUGGCAGUCUUCAGACCAAGACAUUGCUCGCUUCUUUAAAGGCCUCAGUAUCGCAAAGGGUGGCGUGGCCCUGUGUCUCAAUGCUCAGGGCAGGAGGAACGGCGAAGCCUUAGUUCGUUUCAUCAACUCAGAACAUAGAGACCUGGCCCUGGAACGCCACAAGCACCACAUGGGCAGCCGCUACAUUGAGGUGUACAAAGCCACAGGAGAGGAAUUCCUCAAGAUUGCUGGAGGUACAUCUAACGAGGUGGCCCAGUUCCUGUCCAAAGAGAACCAGGUGAUUAUCCGUAUGCGGGGGUUGCCAUUCACUGCCACACCCCAGGAAGUGCUGUCCUUCCUCGGUCCCGAGAGCCCAGUUACAGAUGGUCCGGAGGGUCUGCUCUUUGUCAAGUACCCUGACGGCCGGCCCACCGGUGAUGCCUUCGUGCUCUUCUCUUGUGAAGAGUACGCCCAGAACGCCCUGAAGAAGCACAAGCAGAUCCUGGGGAAGCGGUACAUCGAGCUGUUUCGGAGCACUGCAGCUGAGGUGCAACAGGUCCUGAAUCGCUACAUGUCUGCGCCUCUUAUCUCAACACUGCCUCCUUCACCCAUCGUGCCUGUCCCAGUCCUCGCCACGCCUCCCUACCUUCCAGCAGCCAGCAGCACUCGAGACUGUGUCCGCCUCCGUGGCCUGCCCUACACUGCCGGCAUUGAAGAUAUCCUGGAGUUCAUGGGCGAGCACACCAUUGACAUCAAACCCCACGGAGUCCACAUGGUCCUCAACCAACAGGGUCGGCCCUCUGGCGACGCUUUCAUCCAAAUGAAAUCAUCUGACAAGGCGUUUAUGGUGGCCCAGAAGUGCCACAAAAAGACCAUGAAGGACCGUUACGUUGAGGUGUUCCAGUGCUCCACAGAGGAGAUGAGCAUCGUGCUGAUGGGAGGAACCCUGAACCGCAGCGGCCUCUCCCCUCCACCCUGCAAGCUCCCCUGUCUGUCUCCCCCCACAGCCUACGCUGCCUUUCCCACCCCGCCCACCAUUCUCUCCGAGGCUGCCCUCUACCAGCCCCCCCUGCUGGCUGCCCCCAGACCACCUCAGACGGCCACACACAACCCCGCUCACACUCUGGCCUACUACCCCCCUCAGCCACACCUGUACAUGAAUAUGAACAUGAACUACACAGCUUACUAUCCCAGCCCCCCAGUUUCUCCCUCCACAGUUAGCUACUUUGCAGCUCCACCAGGAGCAAUGGCAGCAGCAGUCGCAGCCCAACCCCACCCAGCUGCAGCCGCCGCUUCCUCUGUGUUGCCUCAGCCUGGCGCCCUGGUCAGGAUGCAGGGUCUGCCCUACAACACUGGAGUCAAGGACAUCCUCAGCUUCUUCCAGGGAUACCAGUACGCCCCUGACGAGUACAGCGGCAUGGUUCAGAUGAGUGAACAGGCCAGGAGUCUGAUUCAGCCCAAAGAAUGGCUCUGUCUUUAGGGACUCACCCUCAAGCUGCAGCCAGACGCCGUUCUCAUCUUGUACAACUUCAGCGGCCAGUGCAGCGGCGAGGCCUUGGUCACCUUCCCUAAUGAGGAGAUUGCCAGGCGGGCCGUAGCCGAGCGUUCCAACCACCCUUUCUACGGCCAGCAGGUCCACUUGGUCUUAUGUAACUGACCACUAGCCCUUCAUCUCUUUCCUCCUCCUCCUCCUCCUCCUCCUCCUCCUCCUCCUCCUCCUCCUCCUUCUUCUGUGGUGUAACCUCCCAUUGAAGAGCCCUCGCCUCCCAAAUUCAUUCACCAGCAGCUCUUCUUGUUGAUCCCGGUGCCACUUCAAACACCUGCUGAACCUCCCCCUUUCCCAUGAGCCGCCAUUAUUAAAACACAGCUGACACGGCUGGCUGUGACACUCCUGAAGCUGCUGUUGGAGUUCGGACAUCCACUGGUGAAGCAGCUGAUGUCAGUAAAGCUUCAUUUAUCGGCUAAUGACACGGAUGUCACACGUAGCAUUUCUGUGCAUCUUUACUGUAAUAGCUGGUUGUGGAGACUAGAUGGUGCGGAGCCUGGACGAAUACGCAUGUAUAUUUAAAUGCUCUAUAUUUGUUUCCCCGUACGACUGUACAGAUGUUCAUCCUGAAAUGCUUGAGGCUGUACAAACCACAUCUGCACAUGAUCUUUGUUGUAUAUUUCUAAAUUUUCACUCUUAACCACUACAAGUUUUUGACUUUUCAGAGUUUAUGAUCUUUUGUGUUGGCUCGAUGCAAACACAGAUGUGUGUAUGUGCAUGCACAAUGUUUAUUGAGUUGAUGGCCUCCAGCUGUGUGGUGGUGCCAUUGAAUAGAGAGAGAAAGAAGCCAUACGGACUGACUUCGACUACUGAAUACCAGAGGGAAUAUCAGCCUGUACCGCUCAGCUGACGUGGAGACAUUAAAUCUAACGCUGAGCUGCAGCAACUAUUAGUUAAACUACAGCAACACCGCAGAAGUGCCAGUGUAUCAUCUAAUUUGUAACUUAAUUUUUGUUCUAUAAAAAGCAUUUAUGUGUGACACACAGCAUGUCUACCCAUUACGAUCUCUUCUAAGCACUGCACAUGUAUUUGCUCCAAUCUGAGUUAAGUGACAGAGCGUCUGUGACAGAGUAGAAUGACAAAUUAAUUCUAUUUUUAUGAAUUCCAUUAGCUUUUGUUAUGAAAUCUAAAAGAGGACAGGCAUAUCGUGAAGCCUUUUACAAUGAUCGACCUCAGCGACUAGAUCUCUUCUGUUUUGGUUUCCAGACUAUUUAUAACGAUCGGUCUGUAGCUGCUUUAAUUCCUGGUACGAUGACCGAGUACUGUGUGAAAGCUGCAUGAGUUUUUCCUGUGACAGGCCUGCCGACAGCUGUCUUAGUAUUUUUCCCCUCUUUACUGUGCCUACAUUACCCAGAGUGCAAUACUGGCCCGAACAAGGCUAGAUCAACCUCUGGUGGCAGAGGAGACUUGUAUUUUUGUUGCAAGUUUGACACUAAUAUGUAUGUAUGUGUAUAAGACUGUAAACAAUAAAUGUUGUCACUGA